GAAGCGUUUUUUGUUCGCAACGGAUUUGAUGUGAGGACUAGAGAUGCGUGCGAUGAAUAUGCCCGUGUGCGGUUCCCUGGCCUGGAAGCAACGCCGACGCCGACGCAGGGCUAUUGCUCUUAUACGUUGAAUUUGUCAAAGGAUUAUUUGCUGCAGUUUCGGCCGGAGGCGUUCAUGUUGGAUAUAGAGACUUGCAGCGAGGUGAAGGCUAUCUAUGGAAAGUUUGCUCCGACUACGACGUAUCUGGGCAAGGUACAGGGCAUCGCGACGAAUAACCUCGAUAUCAAUACUGAGUCACCAGCGAUGCAUGCCUACCUGCAUAAAAGGAUCCAGGGAAUCCCGCUAUCGGAGUUUCGGAGGAGGAUGAGGAUGAGUGGUCGUGAGGCCAAUGACAAGAUAUUCAAGAAGAGGCUGAUGCGCGGCCUGGCCAAGGUGUUUGCUCUCGGGUUUCGCGGGAGGCGGCCUUUGGGAGACGUGGCAAUGCUAGCAGGCAGUGUUUCCAAGGGCAAAAUCGGCGAGUCGAUGCGGUGGCGCCUGGGUCUUUUGAGCGGGCUUCCUGGAGAAGAUUUGCUGAGUUAUGUCUCUGAAGCCCAGCGCCGGCUCGAGAGCAUCGAGGCGUCUGAUUGGUGUCUCACGCACGGAGACGUUCUCCCAGGAAACAUGAUGGUUGACGCAAAGACUGGGCGCCUGACGGGACUCAUUGACUGGGCUGAGGCGGAAUGGCUUCCCUUUGGCAUGGCUUUGUACGGCGUUGAGGAAGUCCUCGGGGAACAUAUACCAUCCGAAGGCUUCAGAUACUAUCACGAUCACGGAGAGCUGCGUCGAGUCUUUUGGGGCAAGUUCUUGUCCUUGAUCGGACGGGAUGCGAUCGAACCUAUGCGAGUAGAAGCAGGGCGAAGGUUGGGGAUCUUGCUCUGGAGGGGCAUUGCGUUUGAUGAUGGGAAGAUAGAUCGCGUGGUGGAGGCUGGGAGAGAUGAUUCGGAGAUU